UUUAUCGCUAACCUCACAGCGAUUCCUUCGCUUGUUGAGGUUGGGGAGCAUUUGGGGAGCUAGCGAUUCCCAGUGCGUGCGGAUCGCACGAAAACCGCCUGCUUUCCACUGCUGCGGCGUUCGGCGUGCUGCGAAUACUUUUUUAGAGGUCGUUGUUUCACGUUUCAGUUCGCUUCGCGCAUCCUUGUAUCUUGGGCGCGUUGCGAGCGCACCGGUGUUUCACGCGUCGCAUGAAUGUGCGUCUAAACUUCCCUCAAACAACGAGCAAGGCACACACGCGGAGGGCAAGAUGUCCAACCGGGGGGCCCACGGGCAGGACUCGUUCGUGAUCGAGCGCCGGCUGCGGCCCAUUUAUGAUUGGCUUGAUGCAGGCAGUUACAAGAAGGCAAUGCAGGAAUGUGACAAAGUAUUGAAGAAAAGCAGUAAUUUACACAGAGUUAAAGCUUUGAAAGCACUCGCCCUACUCAGAAUGGGUAAACUAGAUGAGUGUAAUCAGAUAUUGAAUGCACUUGCUGCCACUAAACCCACAGAAGAAAAUACUUUGCAGGCCAUGUCGAUGUGUUACCGCGAGUUACAACGGAUGGAUAAAGUGUGUAAGUUAUACGAAGAGGCCGUGAAGGAAGAUCCAACGAAUGAAGAACUGCAAUCGCAUUUAUUCAUGGCGUAUGUGCGAAUGUCCAACUACAAGUGCCAGCAGCAAGCUGCUAUGACUUUGUACAAGCUGCAACCAAAGAAGCCUUAUUACUGCUGGGCUAUUAUGAGUAUAAUACUUCAAGCCGAGCGUGGAGAAGGUGCGACCGAUGAAAAAAAGCACACAUUGCUUUUAUCGCUCGCUGAACGCAUGAUCGACAAGUUGAUACAAGAAAACAAAAUGGAGGCCGAACCGGUGCAGCUGUACAUCAUUAUCCUCGAAGCGCUCAAAAAGUACGACAAAAUCGUCGAAGUCCUCGAUGGCCCGCUGGGCGAAAAACUCGCCGGCGUCAUGGUUCUCAACCAACUGCCUUACCUAAUCAAGCUUGGAAAAUGGUCUAGUGUUAAUAUAACAUGCAAAAAUAUUCUCCUACAAAAUAUGGAUCGUUGGGACAUUUGGAAACACUACCUCCAAUCCGUUUUCGAAUUAAAAGCAUCAACUUUCAACGGUAACAAAGACAAAACCACCGAAAAAGACAACCCAGAAGAACCUGACGACACCCCGGAGAAAGCACACGAGUUUAUCUGUAAACUCGUCGAAGGUGGCAAUGGUUUCUCACUCCGCGGGCCGUACUUAGCCCGAUUUGAGCUCGCCAAACUCCUUCAGGCGAAUAAUCUCCUCAUCGACGGGCUUCUCGGCGACGUCGGCGUGUUAUUCAUCGAAUAUUUUCGUAAAUUCGGGCAUAAACCAUGCUGUGUAAGCGAUUUACGCAAUUAUCUAAACUUAUUACCAACUGGUAAACGAUUGGAACUCGCUGGGAAGUUGGUUAAGGAAGUAGGCAUCAGCGCGACGAGCGUGCCACAAUCCGAGGAUCAAAUGCAGCGGCAUAUUUGCGCGCUGCAAUUAUCCCGAUUGUGUGGUAGUCACAAAGAGUUGCAGUAUGAGCAUGCAAUGGCGCUGGUAACGGCGUUUGCGUUCCACUAUCAGCAUGGCUUCCAAAGUUUUGGAAAAGAUAUGCUGCAGACGGAGCAGGGGCCCAGUGAUGCGUAUAUUUUAUUAGCGGCGCAUUUAUUGUACGAUUUGUUUGUCAAAAGUGAUUCCACGCGGCCGUUGCUGCUAGCGUUGAUGUUGCUCAAGAAUGCCAUUCGGAAUAGUCCGAGUAAUUUUCAUAUCAAGUUGUUGAUGUUACGUAUAUAUCAUGUUUUAGGGUGUUAUAAUGAGGCCCAUAGUGUUUAUGAAACACUAGACAUCAAACAUUUGCAGUUGGAUUCGAUGUGUCAUGUGCACUGUGCGCAUUUAGCGAUGUCGGGGCAUUAUAGCGUCGCGGCGACGUUGUUUGAUGCUACUUUGAAGUUUUUCAGCUCGAAUUAUAAGGAUAGCUCGGAACAUAUGACGUUUUCGUACAAAUUCGGCUCGUUUUUGAAACUGACCGAAUUCAUGGACUUCCGCGAGCGUAUGAAUAACAGUUUUCAUUAUACGAGCACCGCAGUGGAUCGCAUGUUCUUUUUUCUGGAGCAAUGCGCCACGACUGACGCGCUUUUCCAACUGGAUAUUAUGCCUAGGGAUGAUCCAGUCUCAUGGGAUUUAAUCAGGAAUAAUAGUGAUUUGAGCGUUUACGUCUCCUGGGAUCCCGAAAGAACGGAAACAGCGCUCGAAGACUGGCCGGAAAAUCAAAACAUCUACAAACAAGAUGUGCACCUAUUAAAAAUGCGCGUCGCCAUUUUGUAUUGCGCCAACUGUGCGCUGCAGCUGGUAAAAAGCGAAAACAAACAAUCAUCGGAAACCAUUCGAGUGCAACUCGAGCAGGAAAUUUCUAAUGCUGAAAGUUUACAGAAAGAAGUUGAUAGUAAACAAUACACAUCUAUUAAACAAAGAUCGUUGAGUAUAACACAGCCAUCGCGUUUAGAUGUGUAUCAAAAGUCGUCGUAUCAUAAAAUUGUCCUCAACGGUUUCAAACUGAUUGUUUCACUGGAAAAAGACGAAACCGAUGCAUGUCAAGCGGCCAUUGAUGUCACAAAACAAUCUUUCGAUGCGCAUGCGUCACAAAUCGUUCAAAUGCUUGAAGGGAACGGCACUAAUGGCAAAACAGACCCGUAUCUUCACAAUCGUAGCGAUAUCCAAACAUUGUGCAAUUUUGUCGAGAUGUCUUCAGUGAUUGUUUUGACACUUUUGGUCUCACUGGAGCUGACACGUGUCGCCGCGCACGGUAGAAAAAAGAAACAAGACACAAAAUGGCGGGACGCAGUGCUCGGUCUAGUCACGGCGGCGCGCGAUGCCGUCCGGCGGGUUGACACCGCCCUCAAAGAGCACCCUUGUAUCAAAUCCACUUCCACUUUCACUCCCCCAGCGGCCGAAACAGACUCCACGACGGAAUCAGCACUUAAAGAAAUCAUCGAGAAACUCGCCACGUUAAACAUCACUUCAGCGGAUGAAGACGCCAUUGUUGCGGCGAUUACAAAGUCCAAUGAGACUGCCGUGCAGGGAAUACGCGCCAUUUUGAAGAACAAGAUGAAGCUGUUGACCAUCAACAGCUAGUAGUCACUUUAAUCUACAGAAAAGAACAUGAAAUGACUCUAAACAACCAAAAAUGUUUCUAAAACUAUUAAUCAUAAGCUGUGCGCCAUGAUUUACUACACGCGCAUCGAACGCCCGGAUGUAUUUGGUGCCAUUUCGUCAGGUUUUGACUUUGAAAUCCAUUAAAACACGGUCCUAAAAUGAUGAAA